CGUUUCGCGGCGCCGCUGCCGAAUGGAGGGAGGCGAGACAGUGUCGGCGGCGUGGCUCGAGGAGUGGGUGGGCGGCGGCGACUGGCAGCGCGAGUCAGGGCACUCGCCCCAAGCUACGACAUCGCUGCUCGAAGCGUCCCCCUCCGACGGCUUGGGGGCCGGCGUGGAGGAGGAGGAGGAGGACUGCGAGACUGCGCCGGCGACGGUCUCUCGCAAGCGCAAGCAGCCGAGCGCCACCUGCUGGGGCCAGCUCCUCGGCGGUUGCGGUGCACACGCGCCUGCCGAGCAGGCCUCGUCCGCCUUCCGCCACCACUUCUGCGCUGCGUGCCAGAAAGAUGGCGUCACCAUCCCGGCCUCCCGCGUGCGCGUCGUCGUGAGCGCCGAGCCCCCCCCCGUCAAUAUUCGCACCGGCGGCGUGUGGAACGUGGACAAGUCUGGGCGAGUGUCGCAGCAAGGCUCGUGGCCGCCGCACCGCGUCGUCAACCAGACGGCGGGCUCUGCCGGACCGCGGCUGGUGGUGCUGCGGGACGAGACGGACGAGGCGCUCAAGGGCCUCAUCGCCCUCCCCUGCGGGCGCGAGGAGUCUGUGGUGUUUCGCAUCGGCCGGACGCUGAACCCGAUCACCCUCCCACCGCUGCGGCUGCCGCCACCGUCACCGACGGCCGAGGAGUUGAGCGCCGAGGCGGCCUUCUGGCGCGUCUUCAACGCGCGAGUCGGACGCGCGCUCUCGCAGGUCGGCUGGCACGCCGAGGCCUGCUGCUGAGUGGGGCCGAAUAGGAGGUGCCGCGGGUCAUCGUUGACUCCAGCCGAGAGCGCAUGGCAUGCCAUGAGGGCAUGAGCACCUCCGUCACUGUGACGGUAGAUGUAGUUGAUCUGCCGAGAGCACUGUGGAUGUCCCAGGAGUGAGAGGCGCUGCACGCGUGCCCUCGCCGCCUCGCCCCUUGUUUUGGGGGGGCGAGAGCGUCGAGCGAGCCCUGGCGCGGUGCUUGCCGUGUGUGUCGGGUUUUUGAGCGCACUUGACUCUUGAGGUUGUCACAUGCACAUGUCAGGUUCACGGUGCUCUCGCGGUGUACAUUCAUGCCCCUGUAUGUCUGUCGGAAGGGCUGCUUUUGUCGUGUCUUUUUCGAGUGGUGUCAGCCCCC